AUGCGCGGAACUUCCAUGCCAAAGUCAAACUUCAUCGCGACUGCUUACAGUCACGAAGAGGACGUGCAACUGAGCAUUCAGUUGAAUCGUUGGUUACUGAAACCGUUUGGUGCUUGGCCAAAAUCGGUCAAACUCUCGUGGACGAAGAAGUUUGCGUACGUGUUGAUAAACAUAGUUUGUACCGGUUUGAUCGGUUUUCUCUUCGUACCCACCGCCGUUUACGUCGCGCUCGAAGUCGAGGGCAUGUACAACGCUUUGAGGCUACUCGGACCGCUGAGUUUCUGUCUGAUGUCGAUUGUAAAAUAUUCAUCGCUGAUUUAUCGCGAAAGUGACAUUCGCAUCGGUCUCGAAUACAUUGAGAACGACUGGAUAAACACGCGACAUUACGGCGAUCGGACGAUCAUGAUCAGAAACGCGAAGUUCGGCCGACGUCUUGUGACGAUCUGCACGUUCUUCUCGUACGGAGGUGCCGCGUUUUAUUAUCUUGCCCUGCCGUUUAUCAACGGCAAGAUAACGGAGCCUAAUAUAAACCUGACGUAUCGGCCUCUGAUGUAUCCGGUUGCUCGAGCGAUCGUCGACACGCGUUACAGUCCUGUCAGUGAGAUUUUUCUCUGGCUGCAAUGUUUGACAGGCUUCGUCGCGCACGGCAUCACAGCCGGCGUUUGCAGUCUCGCCGCCGCAUUCGCGAUACACGCUUACAGUCGCUUGGAAGUUUUGAUGCAGUGGAUCGAACAUUUGGUGGACGGACGAAAAGAUUUAUACAACAGCGUGAACGAGAGAUUGGCUAUAAUUAUUGAGGAACACGUGCGGAUUUUACGUUUUAUAUCUCUAGUAGAAAAGAUACUCCAUGAGAUAUCCCUCGUGGAAAUUGUAGAAUGUACUUUAAACAUGUGUUUUCUCGGAUAUUACGUUAUAAUGGAAUGGGGACUCGGCGAUUUUGCAACUAAAGUAACAUACAUUAUUCUUCUUUCAUCUUUCAUCUUUAAUAUUUUCAUAUUUUGUUACAUAGGAGAACUCGUUGCGGAGCAGUGCAAAAAAGUCAGCGAGACAUCGUACAUGAUAGAAUGGCACCGUCUGCCGGGAACAACAGCUCUUGCUGUUAUUUUAAUGAUCGCAAUGUCAAAUUCAUCUGUCAGACUUACAGCCGGGAAUAUUAUUAAGUUAUCAAUAUGCAGUUUCGGAGAUGUGAUCAAAACGUCUAUCGCUUACCUGAACAUGUUACGUACCUUAACUUCGUAAAAGUGAGUACGAAUGAAGAAAAGC